GACGCGUGCGAAGAAGGCGGCCUGGUCAUGAACGACACGGGCCGCAGUCACUUCUUGCUGAAGAACAGUGGGUUAUCGGACAAAAGACCGGAUGAUUUGAAAUUACACGUGGCAGGCGAUAUUUCACAGCAUCGAGCACUGCAGGGUCUCAUGCUGCGUCUAGGCAAGCAGGGCCAGAUCGGACAGCACACCGACUGGGCCUGGCAUGGUGAAUCAGGAGACGGCGCUGACCCAGAAGGAAUGGACGAAUCUUGGUGUAAAGCUUACAACGACGAGCAGUGCGAGUGGAGCUAUGACCAGGACUACGGUUGGACAGCUAAACAAGAUGGAGAAUGGUAUUUCCAGGAAUACGACGACAUCUGGGCUAGGUAUGACGAGAACGGCGACAUGACGGAGUACUACGAGGCAGACCAGGAUGACCACGACACCUACUUCGGCGGCAAGG